AUGCUGGCACAGGAGCAGACGUGGCAGCAGCUGCCACUGACACAGGAGUUGAGACGACUGGUGUUGAUGAGACUGGAGCUGAGGUGGUGGGCGCUGCAGGCACUGGAGCUGAGACUGUGGGUGUUGCUGUCACUGGAGCUAAGGCAGCGGGUGCCACAAGAACUUGAGCAUGUGGUUGGCGACGCUGGAAUUGCUGUGUGUGGUGUAUCUCCAUACGUUCCUCAUCGGUUUCACUUUGUGAAUCAGAGUAAAACCUGGACUGAAGCUCAGAGCUACUGCAGACAGACCUACACUGAUCUGGCCACCAUCAACAACAUGGACGAGAUGAAGAAGGUGAACAAGACUCUGAUAGAUAAUGGUGGCCACUUUGUUUGGAUUGGUCUGAACAGGGGGGACACUGGGAGAUGGCAGUGGUCUCUGGGAGGUGGAAAUUUUGACGGAGAUUCAUACCGGAACUGGAGCAGUGGAGAACCAAACGAAAAGAAUGCAAACACUGAGAGAUACGUAUUCAUUAAUGAGACAAAGACCUGGUGUGAAGCUCAGAGCUACUGCAGAGAACAUCACACAGAUCUGCCCAGUGUGAGGAACCAGACUGAGAACCAGAAGAUCUGGAGUGUGUUAAAAACUGGUGAACGGAUCUGGAUCGGCCUGUUUAACGACUCCUGGGAGUGGUCAGAUCAGAGUAGCUCUUCAUUCCGAUACUGGCUUCCCAGACAGCCAGAUACUAAUGAUAAAUGUGCUGCAGCAUCUGUAAAGGACCAGUCUCAGUGGCAUGAUGUAAACUGUAACAUAGGAUUCCCUUUUAUCUGCUAUGAAAAUGAGCUGGUCUUGAUCCAGAAGAAACUGAGCUGGGCAGAAGCUCUGAGAUACUGCAGAGAGAAUCAUGUGGACCUGGUCUCAGUUCACUCUGAGGAGAUCCAGCUCUGGGUGGAGGAUUUGGCUCAGAAAGCCUCCACUGAUCAUGUGUGGCUGGGUCUGCGUCACACCUGCACUCAGGGAUUCUGGUUCUGGACGAGUGGGUUUACCGUCUGCUAUCAGAACUGGGCUCCAGGUAACGGUGCAGAGGGAGAACACUGUGAGCCUGUGGUCAGAACCGGAGCGGUGCAGGCUAGAGGAGAUCAGCAGUGGGUCAGCCUGCCUGAGAACCAGACUCUCAACUUCAUCUGCAUCAAAUAUGAAGGUUAGGUAGUGUCUAUGUGUGAUUUGUACAAAAUGUGCAU